GAAAAAUAAGAUAAUAUGGCCGAAUUAGAAACAACAACAACCACAUCGACAACAUCAACAAAUACAACAUUAUCAUCAUUGACAACAUCCAAUGAUAAUGAUAUUCCAUUAAUAUUACCAAUAACAACAAAAUAUUCAAUACCAUUAGCUGUUGCUGCAAGUGGAAUUGAUUCAUUAUCAUCAUCAUCAUCAACAACAACAAAACAAUCAUCAAAUGGUUUACAUGGUUUAAAUGAUGAUACAAAUCCUGAAAUCUAUGAAGCUGUUUCAAAAGUUUUACAAAAUUAUAGCUGGUCAUUGGUACCGAAAACAACUAAACCAGUUACAACAAAUCAGGUGAAACAAUCACAUCAUGUAAAACGUCCAAUGAAUGCAUUUAUGGUUUGGGCACAAGCGGCACGUCGUCAAUUAUCCGAACAACAUCCACAUUUACAUAAUGCUGAAUUAAGUAAAACAUUGGGUAAUUUAUGGAGAAAUUUAGAUGAAAAAACUAAACAACCAUUCAAAUUGGAAGCUGAACGUCUUCGUUGUCAACAUAAAAAAGAUCAUCCAGAAUAUAAAUAUCAACCUAGAAGACGAAAAUUAUCAAAUAAAGCAAAUAACAACGAUGAUGAUAAACAACAACAACAACAACCAAGUAUCAAAAGAAUUAAUCGUAAUUCGAAACGAAAUAUUCAACAAUCAUUACGUAAUCAAAAUGAUGGUAAUCAUCAUCAACAUCAUGAUAAUAACUGUUACAGUGAUGAUAGUAAUGGAUUAAUGGGUAAUGAUGAUCAUCAUCAACAAAAUUUGGAUCAUGAUCCAAUUAGUCCACGAUCAAUGGAAUCAACAUCAAAAGAAUCAUCAAAUUAUAUGGCUAGUAAUAGUCCACCUACACCUCCUACUACACCACAAUCAGCAAAUCGAUCUGGAUCACAACAUCGUAAUAAUCAGAAUAAUAAUCAACAACAACAACAAACUGCAUUCACAUUGAAAAAAUAUGAAUUCUCACCAUAUGCUCAUCUUGUAUCGCCCAUCGAUAAAAUUGAAGAUGGUAGUGAUUGUAUUAAAGAACAUCAAUCCGUUUCGCCAACAUCAACAUCGAUUAUUGGUUUACAUAAUUCUAAUGGCUAUGGCGAUAAUCAUCAUUCGAUUGGUAGUGGUAAUCAUCAUCAUUUGGUCAAUGAUCAUCAUAGUCCGGGUAGUAAUUGGUCUCGUUUGGUCGAAUCAUCAUCAUCAUCACAUGGACCAUCAUCAUUCUAUCAUCCACAUCACCAUACUCAUCAUCCACAUGUUGCAAGUGAAGCAACAAGUUUGAUCAGUGGAAAUGUUGAUUCGAAUACAUCGAAUACAUUGCUUGGUUCAAAUAAUAAUACGGCUGCCGCUGCUGCUGCCGCUGCAGCAACAAUGAUUGGACAAUAUGGUAGUGGUGUCGCAUCGACCGCCACACCAUUAUAUGUCAAUAAUAUGUCGGCAUAUCAUCCCGGUUCACAUGGUCAUCAUCAAAGCUGGCCAAGAUUUGUCACCGAUAGCCAUCAUCAUCAUCCAUAUGGUCAUCAUCAUCAUCAUCAUUAUGCAGCAACUGCUGCUGAAACAGGUUAUGCAACAACAACAGCUCCAAGUUCAUUUCACGAUUAUUAUGUAACCACAGCUAAACGCAAUAAUAUGACCAAUUUUACUGCAAGCCAAAUUGGUAACACUGGAUUUAUGACAACAACAACAGCAACAACACCAGAAACAUCAAAUGAUCAUCAUCUUACAAGUUCAUUAUGGAAUUCCACUACAUCAUCACCAACAACUACUGCUGCUUAUCAAUGUACCAAAUUAGAUCCAACGUUCGAAACAAACGGAUCAACACAUCAGAAUCCAUUGCUUACUGUUAAUGGCUAUCGUAUGAUGUCAUCUAAUCCAUCAACAUUAUCAUCAUCAUCAUCGAUAGGCAACAUCACCACAACACCCGAAACCAUUAAUCUUAGCUAAAAAAAUAAUAAUAAUAGUUUUUUUUGAUAUGAUAA